AGAAAAAACAGAAAAAUGAUCAGCAGCAAUAAUAAUCACAGUAAUAUAGCAGAAAAGAGACAUCAACAACAAAAUUCAUCUUUUGAUCCUUCUAAUUUGAGUGAUUUGCCAUGUGUAGAGAGGAAGGUCUUUAUUGCAUUCAAAGAUCAACUUUAUUUGAAGAUCAAAAUGCCCAAAGAGGUCGGAAAUGAUCAGAUUCAUAUGAUCACUGCACCCGGAUCACAAUUCUUUUGUUCUACAGCGAAAGGACUCAUUUUGAGAAGUGAUGCUGCAGAGAAUAAUACAAUAGAAACAAUAAUUGUACCAACAUCUGAGGAUUUUGCCAAUGAUAAGACAAAAGUAAAGUUUUUAUUGGCUGGCUAUUAUCAUGUGAUUGCCAUUAAGGAGAGUAACAAGAUUUAUGUUCAUGUCCUUUCUGAAAAUAGUCAAUAUGGUAAAUUGGAGAAACCAACUACUUCUGGAGUGGAACCAUUCAGUUUGGUUGCCACAAAACACAUUAUUAUGGAUGGACAACGAAUUACACAUGCAGUUUGUGGAACGUAUAGCACCAUUGUAGUUUUGGAUAAUCGAUACAUUUACAUUGCAGGAAGAGUGGAACAACAAUUGACUGAUUUUACUCCAUUUACAGUUGGAACUGGUUAUCCAAUUAUUAGAAAUAUUACAGCAGGUUAUGGACACAUGAUUGUUCAAACAGUGAAUGGAGAUAUUUAUGUGAUGGGAAUGAAUAAUUAUGGACAAACUCUUUCAGUCACAUCAUCCAAUGUAUUAGAGAAAUUACCAAGUAUUCCUGGAGUUGUAAAUAUUAAUGCAUUAAGAUUGAGCCAUCUCACUUGUUACACAACCAAUAAUUUAUUUAUGAUUAAUGGAUACGUGGGGCAUGAUAAUAUAGGUGGAUUCGAGACUGUGAAAUCAUAUCAAUUUUCAAAGCAUGUGGAUUAUGCUCAUGAUUUGAGAAUGUUUGGAGGUUUCACAAGUAUUGUUUCGUUCAAUCCUAGAACCAGGGAAUUAAUGUCAUGUGGUUCAGCAACGAAUGCUCCUAAUACUCCUUACAAUAUUAUGGAAAAAUUAAAGGUGCAGUAUGCUGAAAACGUUGAGCUUGCUAAUUACAUUGAUAGCCAUACAGUGAUUGAUGUGGCUUGUGGAAGCAGUUUGAUUGCAGUCAUGAUGGAUGUUAUUAGAAAUAACACUUUACUGAUCAAUAAUUUAUUGAAAAUGAAAAGGUAUGCAACUCACGAAUUGACUCACUCUUCAGAGACAGUUCCUUUCCACGAUGUGUUGAUUAUUCAUGAUUAG